AUGGAGGUGCAUUUUGCUGUGGCGGUGCAUUCUAAGGCGGCGGUGCUUGGCUCUGUCUGCUCAGUUCCUGUACUGCUCGUAGUAAAUCGCGCAUCAAGUUCGCCUGGAGUCAUGGACACCUCAGGUGCUCAAGAAUACGACAGAUUGCAAGAAUUGAAGACUUCUGAUGAAACAAAAGCUGGUGUAAAGGGAUUAGUUGAUUCAGGAUUGCAAAAAAUUCCCAAGAUUUUUGUAAGACCGGCUGAAGAACUGGCUAAAGAUUUGAAUUACAAGAGGGCUCAAAUUGAAGCUCCUGUGAUUGAUUUGGGUGAUCUGGAGAAAACCCAUAGGCAUAAACAGAUUGUAGAAGAAGAUGUUGAGGAGAAAAAGAAAUACUACACGCGGGAUAAUACGAGAAGGGUGAGAUUUAACAGCAAUUUUGAUUUGUUCACAUCAAGGACUUCUAGCUGGAGAGACACAUUGGCUAUUUCAUUUUCAGAUCCUGAUCAAAUUAAUUCUGAUGACUUGCCAGAUUUAUGUAGAAAGUCAGUUAUAGAGUACUCAAAACUCGUCAAUAACUUGGGAAAUAUUCUGUUUGGAUUACUAUCAGAGGCUCUUGGACACGAACCUGAGCACCUAAGAAACAUGGACUGUUCUGAAGGGCACCGUCUUUCUUGUCACUACUAUCUAGCGUGCCCUGAAUCAGAACUCACUCUAGGAACCGCAAAGCAUUCAGAUCCUGGAUUUCUCACCAUUCUUCUACAAAACCAAAUCGACAGUCUCCAGAUUUUCUUCCAAAACCAGUGGGUUGAUGUCCAGCCCAUUCCUGGAGCAUUUGUAAUUAAUAUUGGGGAUCUUCUCCAGUUGGUAUCCGAUGGAAAAUUCACAAGCAAUAAGCACAGAGUGGUUGCCAAUCGUCUUGGGCCAAGAAUUUCCAUAGCAUGCUUUUUCUCUGGUCCUAUACACAUGGAUAAGAUUUUCUAUGGCCCCAUUAAAGAGUUGAUAUCGGAAGAAAAUCCUCCCGAAUACAAAGAGGUCUUGUUGAGUGAUUAUAUAAUGAAAUUUAUCACUACUGGACUAGACGAGAAUUUUCUUGUUAAUUAUUUCAAGGGAUGAAUAUGGCAUUGAAGA